UUCAAAUGCUAAAGUAAUUCCAUUCGCUCAAGACGACUUAAAGGUGGAGGAACUAAAAGAGAUGGACUAUGGUGAUGAAAACUUUACCUAAGAAAGCAAAUGCAAAUGCUAGAAAUAAUGGAGUUAAUUACGAAAAUUUUGUAAAGAAGCAGCAAGAAAACAUUUCUAAAGUAGGGGUUGAAAAACAACUGAGCACUAUUUCUCCUAAGAAAAACUUGCCCAUGAAUGGAGGUACCGGAGGACAAGACCCUAAUAUUUCAAUGAAAAGUGAAGCUUCUCUUUCUACUAAGACUGGGGGAGAAGAUUAUUUAAACGAUAACGUUAUUGAAGAUGUCCGAGUUGGAAAUAUGCUUCUGAACCAAAUUAAAAUUAGUGAAUGGAUUUCGAACUAUUUUGCAAUGACCACUCUUGGAGCAGGAAUAAUUGAAUAUGAGCUUGCAACUUCUUUUGAACCAAGUGAUGUAAUCGAUGAUAUCAGAAUAUCUCUUCUUUGGACAUGAAUGAUCAGCACUAUAAUAUUGAUAGCAACAAUAAUAAGUCGAUAUGACCUCUGAAUGAGGUGGAAUCGUUCAACUAAUCAAUUGACCAAAUAUGAUAACCUCAUAAAUACUGGAUGGUAUAAGUUAAUAAUCAUUGAAGUGGGAAUUGCUAUGUUUUCACCUUAUCCUUUCUUGAAAGGUCACAAAUAUAGAGAAUGGAACGAAGACUUUAGUGUCGAUAUUUAUUAUGAAAUAAAUCAUAUGUUCUUGGCAAUAGCCUUUAUUAGGUUCUAUCUCCCAGUAAGAUUAUGAUUAGCUGCGUCGAACUAUCUCACUUCAAGAGCUCAUAGACUAGGAGUAUUAAAUGGAUGAGAAGUGAGCUAUUUCUUUGCUACAAAAUGAAUGAUGAAAGAUAUACCCCUGACUGCACAAACAAUUUCAAUGCUUGCAAGUAUUCUUAUUGGAGGCUUUCUCCUCAGAGUAUUCGAACAGCCGCUUAAGAAUGUUUCUGAACAAGACUUCUCUUACUCUAACUCCUUUUGGAAUGUUAUUGUCACAAUGUCGACGGUAGGUUACGGAGAUUUCUUUCCGAAGACCACUUGUGGAAGAAUAGUGGGAGUAUUAAUCUGUAUAUGGGGAGUCGUAGUUGUCUCAAUAUUCGUCGUUACUGUCACUAACAUGCUUGCAUUUGAUCCUACCGAAGAGAAGACGUACUCACUACUUCAAAGGCUAUCCUACAAAGAAGAGCUCAAGAGACAAGCCACAAAAGUUUUGGCAGCAGCUUAUAAAGGAAGGUCUCAUCUAAAGAAGAAUACUAAAAAUUCUAGAGCUUAUGUAGGCUCUAUUCGAGACUUCAGAAAGAACAUCCUCUCAUUCCAGAAAACUGCAAGGACAGUCCGAAGCUUUUACGAAGGAGACACAGAUAUUGAGAUCCUAGGAAAGUCAGUUGAAGGACUUUAUGAUGAAGUGACUAACAUCAAACAUGGAAUGGAAACAAUUCAAGAGACCCUUAAUGAGAUUAAGAGAGGAGGAAGCAAUACUCUAGCAGUGUAGUAUUCGAGAAUAAUUCAUAAAUCAUUCAUCAUUAAUAUA